ACAGUCAGGAUGUUAGACUUGUAUUUUGUCUAUUAGUUGUGACAAACAGGAAGCACUAUUGUUUUUGCCUCCCCACUGCCUUGCUAGUGAUAGAGGAAAUAAAAAUGUCCUCGCUUGACAGAGUAAAAGUAUUAGUCUUAGGAGAUUCAGGUGUUGGAAAGUCGUCUUUAGUUCAUCUGUUGUGCCAUAACCAAGUAUUGGGAAAUCCUUCAUGGACAGUUGGCUGUUCUGUGGACGUCAGGGUCCAUGACUACAAAGAAGGCACGCCAGAGGAGAAGACCUACUACAUAGAACUGUGGGAUGUUGGCGGAUCUGUGGGAAGCGCCAGUAGUGUUAAAAGCACCAGAGCCGUUUUCUACAAUUCAGUUAAUGGCAUUGUUCUAGUUCAUGAUCUUACAAACAAAAAAUCCUCCCAGAAUCUGUAUCGCUGGUCAAUGGAGGCUCUAAACAAAGACUCCUCUCCUACAGGGGUCAUUGUGUCUAAUGGGGAUUAUGACAGAGAGCAGUUUGCAGAUAACACCAUCCCUCUCCUGCUAAUUGGCACUAAGUACGAUCAAAUCCCGGAAAACAAGAGGAACGACGUUCUGACUCGCACCGCCUUUCUGUCUGAAGACUUCAACGCAGAGGAGAUUAACUUGGACUGCACAAAUCCUCGCUACUUUGCUGCUGGUUCAUCUAAUGCUGUAAAACUUAGCAGAUUUUUUGACAAGGUUAUAGAGAAGAGAUACUUCAGCAGAGACUUGAGUCAGAUGUCGGGCUUCACAGACAGGAAGCGAUUCAACUUCAAAGGUCUUCACUACGACUGAAGGUAAACAUUUACAGGUGAAAAUGUGUAAAACAGAUGAAGAUGGAGCCAAGGACCCCUUUUAAACACCCAGAUGAGCCACAUAAUACUUGCUGAUACAAAAUACUUUCUCCGUAUCUGCUACAAAAUGGCAAUGAUUUAUCCUUAACAAAAACGAUUUUAUAUUGUUACUAAUUAUUUUAAUUUAUGCAGUUUUAUAAAUUUGCAUAUUUGCUAUAUUAGCAAUCUUGUACUUUUGUAACUAAAGUUCACAUAAAUAUAGAAACAUAAAUAAAGCAACCUUACCAUUGCAGCACUCUUACUGUAUCUACUCAUUACUUUCUCAAAAAAUGCUUAAAUGUCUCCAUCAGUAAACAAUUGAUAACAAAA